GGGCGGCGGCGCGGGCGGAGGGCGACGAGGAUGGGAACCGGGCCCCUGGGCGGCCCGCAGCCUCCGGAGCCCCGCUGACGGCGGCCGCGGCGACCCGCGCAGGAGCCGACAUGUGUCUGCGCCUCGGUGGCCUCAGUGUGUGUGAUUUCCGGAAGGUGCUGAUGAAGACAGGCCUGGUGCUGGUGGUGCUGGGCCAUGUGAGCUUCAUCACAGCCGCCCUGCUCCAUGGCACUGUGCUGCGCUAUGUGGCUGCCCCCCACGACGCUGUGGCUCUGCAGUACUGUGCAGUCAACAUCCUCUCUGUCACUUCUGCUAUCGUGGUCAUCACCUCUGGCAUUGCAACUAUCGUGUUGUCACGUUACCUCCCCAGCACCCCUCUGCGCUGGACAGUGUUUAGCUCGAGCGUGGCCUGUGCUCUCCUCUCUCUGACCUGUGCCCUCGGCCUCUUGUCCUCGAUCGCUGUGACCUUUGCCACUCAGGGCCGGGCACUGCUGGCUGCCUGCACUUUUGAGAGCCCUGAUCUACUGGCCCUCACACCUGACUGUCCCUUCGACCCCACACGCAUUUACAGCUCCAGCCUGUGCCUCUGGGCCAUCGCACUAGUGCUCUGCAUGGUGGAGAGCAUGUUUGCUGUGCGCUGCGCCCAGCUCGCCCACCAGCUGCUGGAACUGAGGCCCUGGUGGGGGAAAAGCAGCCACCAUGCGAUGCGGGAGAGCCCAGAGCCCGUGGAGCACCGGGACCUGCUGAGCUGCACCAGCUCUGAGCUGCUGACCCUCUGAGAUCUGAUGUCUCACCCAUGGCCACUGGACCCUGCAACCAAGUCUGCACCAUGACCAAGCCAAGAUUCCUGGAGCCGGCCCAAGAGGGCCCAGUGGACCCUUGGGGACCCAGUAGGGCUUUCAACUCCCUCCUCUGCCAUCCAGCCCACUGCACUGAAACGAGACUUUAUUCUGAAGUUAUUAAAAAGAACAGAGUUGCUC